UCGUGAGGCACAAUGAACAAGCGUUGGUCGCAUGCACCCCAGUGAAGGCGCCAAAGCAAGGGGUUUACGACGGAAGGCAGAUAAAUCUCCCUCUCUCUCUCUAACCCCUUGCUCUGUGUUUCCUGCUUGUUGGCUUGCUCGAGAUAGAAGGAAAUCCCUCUCUCUCUAGAAAUCUCUUGUUUGGUUGGAGUAAAACUCAGAGAAAGAAUGGAAGGUGUGUCGUACCAGAGGUUCCCAAAGGUGAAGAUCAGAGAGAUGAAGGACGACUACCUGAAAUUCGAGCUCAGAGAGACGGACCCCAGCAUGGCCAACGCCCUCCGGCGCAUUAUGCUUGCAGAGGUUCCCACCAUAGCCAUUGACCUGGUGGAGAUCGAAGCCAACUCAUCUGUCCUUAACGAUGAGUUUCUUGCCCAUCGCCUUGGGCUCAUUCCCCUCACCAGUGAGAAAGCCAUGUCCAUGAGGUUUUCUCGAGACUGUGAUGCCUGUGAUGGAGAUGGCCAGUGCGAGUACUGUUCUGUGGAAUUCCAAUUGAGCGUGAAGUGUGAUUCUGAUCAAACCCUAGAUGUUACCAGCGCCGACCUUGUAAGUUCUGACAUCCAUGUGAUACCUGUUGAUGUGGCUGGUCGAGGCAUGGACUCCAAUGGAUUUGACGCUUCUGAGCAAAGGGGUAUUAUAAUUGUCAAGCUGCGCCGUGGGCAAGAAUUGAGGCUUAGAGCUAUAGCUAGAAAGGGUAUUGGUAAAGACCAUGCGAAAUGGUCACCAGGUGCAACAGUAACUUUUAUGUACGAACCAGAGAUUCACAUCAAUGACGAUUUAAUGGAAACAUUAUCACUUGACGAGAAAAGAGAAUGGGUUGAAAGUAGCCCAACCAGAGUCUUUGACAUUGAUCCAAAUACCCACCAGGUAGUCGUGGUGGAUCCUGAAGCAUACACUUAUGAUGAUGAAGUGAUCAAGAAAGCAGAAGCGAUGGGAAAGCCAGGGCUCGUGGAGAUUUAUGCGAGGGAAGACAGCUUCAUCUUCACCGUCGAAUCCACGGGUGCAAUCAAAGCCUCUCAAUUAGUGAUCAAUGCAAUUGAAGUCUUGAAGCAGAAAUUGGAUGCUGUCCGUCUUUCUCUGGACACUGAAGAAGGUGAUGAACAGUUUGGCGAACUAGGUGCACACAUGCGAGGUGGAGGGAUAUGAUAAAAGAAUUUCUGGUGCCUAUGGACUCUCUCUCAUGCCCAUAAUGAUGCAUUCUUGCCUAGGGCCUUGAGACCUGGACUUUUGGGGAGCAAGUAGUUUACCCUGUUCAAUCUUUUACUCUGACAACUAAGGUAUUACUCAUUGACUCAAAUGCUCCCACUUGAGAGCUAUAACAUGUGGAAACAUCUUUUGCGCAAGAAAAAUUUGAGAGGCUGAGAUUCAGAACCGUUUGGCUCGUUUAUCUUGGUUGGAGUUGGAAAGAUCACAUUCUGUUUCAAAUUUAACUACCCUGGGCAUACAAAACAUGAUUUUGGAUAGGACCCAUUUGUGUGAUAUGGAAAGGCACAGAUUUUUCAUA